CUAUCAUCUCAUUAAAGCCCACCAUAGCAGAAACCCAAUUCACAACGUUUCAGAACAUUGCUAUCAUGCUCUCCUUCAAGAAUUUCCAACGCUUCCUCUCCCUCGCCGCCCUGCUCUCCCUCGUAACCCCCAGCGUCAGAGCCACCAACAGCUUCAUCUACGCCGCCUGCUUCCCUUCCCGCUACCCUCCCAACACCCCCUUCCAAACCAACCUCGACUCCCUCCUCACCUCCCUUGCCAACUCCGCCUCUGACUCCGCCUACAACAGCUUCGCCUCCGGAAACUCUUCCUCCUCCCCACAAGGCUCCGCCGCCUACGGCCUCUACCAGUGCCGCAAUGACCUGAGCACCGGCGAGUGCUCGUCAUGCGUCCGGAGCGCGGUGGGUCAAGUGGGGCUCGUGUGCCCCGACGCCUACGCGGCGGCGCUGCAGCUCGAUGGUUGUCUAGUGCGGUACAGCAACGAGGAUUUUCUGGGGAGGUUGGAGACGGCGGUGGCGUACAAGAAGUGCGGCAGGGAGGUGAGCGGAGGGGACGGAGGGGAGUUCUUCCGGCGGAGGGACGACGUGCUGAAUGAAUUGGUGAGCGGGGAGGGGUCGAGGGUGAGUAGUUCGGGGACGGUGCAGGGCUAUGCGCAGUGCGUGGGGGAUUUGAGUCCGGCGGAUUGUGCAACUUGCCUGGCGCAGGCUGUGGAACAGCUUAGGAACACGUGUGGCGCGUCGCUUGCUGCAGAUGUGUUUCUCAGCAAGUGCUACGCUCGCUUCUGGGCGUCGGGGUACUAUCCCCGCGCCGCUGCGGCCGCAGAUUACACUGAUGACGACAUAGGAAGGACAGUGGCCAUAAUAGUGGGCAUAUUGGCUGGGUUAGCUCUUCUGGUAGUCUUCCUUUCCUUUCUGAAAAGAGCAUGUUAACAAUCAGAGAUUCUCUUGCCCUCACUGAUAAAGGCAAUUCAGCACACCGAGCGUUAGGAUUAUUAUAUUUUUAUGAAGAGAAAAAAACUAGGUUUUGCUAAAUAGGCUUCUCGAUCUAACACAAAGUUCUCAAACAGGUUGUAUUCGGAGGUGUUUGAUUCAAAUGGUUUAACUGUGAGGUUUCAUUUGGGACAGUUUUCUUAGGGCUUCUUAAAAAAAUUUUCUGAUCACUUUUUGAAAGCAGAAACACUGCACUUCAUUGGAGGCUAUCCACCCAGGAAGUAGAGACUGAAUGAACUUUCCGAGGCAUCUGAUUCAGUGGAGAAUAUAAUCGCCUUUACUAAAGAAUUAUGGAAUGGUGAUUGAGGAAUUCAUCUGCCGGUUUUCUUCAAUAUUAUCCAAAGAAUUGUUGGGGCCGCUUUGUUUUUGUUUUUGUUUUUUAAGUAGAAAUAAAAAUCUGUUUAAUAUA